GAGAAGGUUCGAAGAGAGAUUGCCAUAAUGAAGAAGAUCAACCAUCCAAAUGUUGUACAGUUGAAGGAGGUGAUGGAUGAUGAAAAUUCCAGAAAAAUAUACCUGGUGCUCGAAUACUUGGAGAGAGGUGAGGUUAAAUGGCAGAGGGCACCUGGUGUGCCGUUAAUGUCCAUCAGUGAGUCCAUGAAAGUGUUUAGAGACGUUGUCCUAGGCUUGGAAUACUUGCAUUAUCAAGGCAUCGUCCACCGUGACAUCAAACCGGCAAAUUUGCUCAUUGCAGGGAAUGGUGCUGUGAAGAUCUCUGAUUUUGGUGUGUCAUUUGCUUCAUCUCUCAAGACUGGUGAACAAGAUGAUUACGAUUUGGCUAAAAGUGCAGGUACCCCAGCCUUCUUAGCCCCAGAGCUCUGUGGAUUCUCCAUGGAUGAUAAGCAGCACCCAAAGAUCAACUACAAGAUUGAUAUCUGGGCACUAGGAGUGACGCUAUACUGUUUCCUGUUUGGUAAGUUGCCCUUCUGGGCAAAGAACGAGUUUGAGCUCUUUGACGUUAUAUGUCAUGAAGAACUGGAUAUCCCG